AUGAGAACUUUUUCCGACUAUAACAAGGAUGAUGAAAGAACGAAACCUGUUGAUCAGGACUCCGCUUUGGAGCGCAAAAAGAGAUAUAUUUUGAGAAGUGAUGCUCAAACGGAAAUGCAGAAAGAUAAAAAUGACACUUAUUUGCGAUUUAAACAUCUGUUGAGCUUAACGGACCUUUUUCGUCAUUUUAUUGGUAUAAGGGCAAAACAGGAUAAAAACAUACAAAAACUGCUGAAAAGUGUGGAUCAGGAUCUUAAAACGAAUGGUCGAGGUAACAAGAAGAAACUGGAGUCUCCAAGGCACCGAAGAAAAACCGAAAAGGAAGAAGAUGCUGAACUUUUGGAGGAAGAAACAGACUCGACUACAAUUAUCACCGAAUCCCCCAGCUACAUCAAAUCCGGUCAGCUGCGUGACUAUCAAAUAGAUGGUCUUAACUGGCUUAUAGCGCUGCAUGAAAAUAGGUUGUCAGGAAUUUUGGCUGAUGAGAUGGGGUUGGGGAAGACACUACAGACAAUUUCGUUUCUGGGGUAUCUACGUUACGUGAAAAACGUCGACGGCCCUUUCAUUGUUAUAGUACCGAAAUCAACGCUGGAUAAUUGGCAAAGAGAGUUUGCCAAAUGGACCCCGGAAGUAAAUACUGUAAUAUUGCGGGGAGAUAAAGAGGAACGACAAACAAUUAUUAAGGAAGUAAUUCUCGAGGCCAAAUUCGAUGUGCUGAUAACGUCAUAUGAGAUGGUGAUUAAGGAAAAAGCGGCUUUGAAGAGGCUAAUGUGGAGAUACAUUGUGAUUGACGAAGCACAUCGUAUCAAGAAUGAACAAAGCGCAUUAUCGCAGAUCAUUAGAUUAUUCUAUUCGAAGAAUAGACUUCUUAUUACAGGAACGCCAUUACAAAACAAUUUGCAUGAACUAUGGGCACUAUUGAAUUUUCUACUACCAGAUAUCUUCGGAGAUUCUGAGGUUUUCGACGAGUGGUUUCAACAAAACAACAGCGAUGAAGACCAAGACGUCGUAAUUUCGCAACUACAUACCGUUCUCAGCCCAUUUCUUUUAAGACGGGUGAAAUCUGAAGUUGAGACGUCGCUAUUGCCCAAGAUCGAAACCAAUCUUUACGUUGACAUGAGCGAUAUGCAAAUCCAGUGGUAUAAGAGUCUUUUGGAAAAGGAUAUAGAUGCUGUCAACGGUGCUGUCGGAAAAAGAGAAGGUAAGACAAGGCUACUUAAUAUCGUAAUGCAACUCCGAAAAUGCUGUAAUCAUCCUUAUCUUUUCGAAGGGGCAGAGCCGGGCCCGCCUUAUACGACAGACGAACAUCUCGUGUACAACGCAGGCAAGAUGGUCGUGCUCGAUAAGCUUCUGAAGAAGAAAAAGGAGCAAGGCUCCAGAGUGUUGAUCUUCAGUCAGAUGUCGCGACUACUCGAUAUUCUGGAAGACUACUGUUACUUGAGGGAUUAUGAAUAUUGCAGAAUCGAUGGUUCUACGUCUCACGAAGAUCGAGUUGAAGCAAUCGACGAUUUCAAUGACCCCCACUCCGAGAAAUUUAUUUUCCUUCUCACCACGAGGGCUGGAGGCCUCGGUAUCAAUCUUGUUACAGCUGAUACCGUUGUUCUAUACGAUUCAGACUGGAAUCCGCAAGCUGAUCUUCAAGCCAUGGAUCGAGCGCAUAGAAUAGGUCAAAAGAAGCAGGUCUAUGUUUACCGAUUUGUCACUGAGUCAGCGAUUGAGGAGAAGGUCAUAGAACGUGCGGCUCAAAAAUUGAGGUUAGAUCAGCUAGUCAUACAACAAGGAGGUGGAGAUAGAACCGCCAACCUUGGAAACUCGAAAGGCGAGCUUCUCAAUAUGAUUCAGUUUGGGGCGAAAGACGUUUUUGAAAGAAAAAGCAAGAAAUUGGCGAUGGACGACGAUAUUGAUGAUAUUCUCAAAAAAGGAGAGCAGAAGACAAGGGAGCUCAACGCCAAGUUUGAGACACUUGGCCUGGACGAUUUACAAAAGUUUAAUGGGCUGAAUGAUCAAUCUGCCUACGAGUGGAAUGGAGAAAACUUUCAAAAAAAGAUUCAGGACCAAAAGUUGGGCUGGAUAAAUCCUUCGCGCCGAGAGCGAAGAAGGGACCAAACUUAUUCGGUAGAUAACUACUAUAAGGAGGUAAUUGGUGGCUCCAGGAACUCUGUUAAAGGAUCUUCGAAGAGCAGUCCCUCACCGAGGUAUUUCAAGCCUCCAAAAGUUAUCAAUGCUCAGGAUUUUCAGUUCUUCCCCCUCGGCUUUCAGGAAUUACAAAAUAAAGAACAACUGUAUUACAAGCGGAGGGUCAAUUAUCGGGUGACGCCUUACGAUUUAGGAAUCGAAGAAGAAGAAGCUCAAACGAAUGACAUCGAGACUCGAUUGGAGGAGGAACAAUCAAAGAUAGACAAUGCUCCGGAAUUUUCCGAACAAGACGAAAUUUUAAAACAGGAACUUCUUAGCAAGGCCUUCACAAACUGGACGAAACGUGAGUUUCUGAACUUCGUAAGCGCAUGCGGUAAGUUCGGUCGACACAAUAUCAAGGAUAUUGCAAAUGUUAUUGACAGUAAAAGGUCGGAAGAAGUUCAAGCAUACUCUGACGUUUUUUGGAAGCGCUAUGAAGAAAUUAAUGGUUACGAAAAAUACCUGAAUUCAAUAGAAUCGGGAGAGAAGAAGGUUGACAGAAUCAAACUGCAACAAAAGUUACUGGAUGAGAAGAUAAAAGGUCUCAAGGCACCCCUUUACGAAAUGCCAUUUCAUUACGUGCCAAACAAUGCUAAAAGAGUAUAUGAUAUUGUCGAAGACAAGUUUUUGCUAGUAGCCGCGCAUAAGCACGGGCUUCUAUCGGAGGAACUGGGCGACAAGAUCAAACAAGACAUAAUGACUACAGAUAUCUUCCAAUUUAAUUGGUUCAUGAAAACUAGAAGCCCGAGCGAGAUUAUGAAAAGACUCAAUUCAUUGUUGGUGAUGUUGAUGAAGGAGUAUGAAACGGGUGAAAAUAGUAGAAAAAAAAGGCUAAAUCUGUCGAGGAGGCGCCAAAUGUGA